AUGAAGUAUGGUUUAGCUUUAUGGAGAAUUUUAUCAAUUUUAUUUGAAAAGGGUCUAACUCAAUACUUUGAAGGACCAGUUUAUGAAAGUAACAAUAGUAUCCCAAUGAAGAAACGCACUCGUUUACGUCUAUUCAUACUUACAUUUAUAGAGAUUCUAGAAUACAUGUCUGAUUAUAAUGCAGUGAUUCUUCUCCAAACUUGGCAGACUACAAAUACAUUAUACAAUAUGUUUAUGUGGGUGCGUAAUUUGACUGCAUUAAGAAUCUGUUAUUUAGACUGUAUCAAACCUAUUUGUUUCUUGAUUGUAAUCUCUGCAGAUAGUCCAAUUUAUGGCCUGAUCCACGUAUCAGCCUUUAUCCACCACACCUCCACCUGCGAAGAAUGCGAUGAACUGCCAAUGCCACAGUCGUGCCGGCGCCAAUUAGCGCUUAUUUAUCUGCCAGAAAAACUUUGCAGUCUUAAUGGGUCAGAAGUGCAGUAUUAG